GAAGGUGGAGGAGGGGAGGGAGGCCCGGUGAUUUUCCACUCGCGAUGGUAUCACUCCGGCCCCCCCAAACCGGAGGAGACAAAGUUCACAGAGAGAAGCUUAUAAGGAGGACCCGGUUUUUGGUAGACGCUCACGUCUCAGUCUCGACACUAGAGGACAAAGAGGGACUUUUUCUUUGGCUUUGUUUAGCUCUACAAAAUAAUAGAAAAAAAGAAUACCCCCCAAAAUAGCAUUUAGAAAUCGCACAUAGGCAUCAGAAUGGCGCAGAAGGAAAAGCUCCAGUGUCUGAAGGACUUCCACAAGGACACGCUGAAGCCAUCCCCCGGCAAGAGUCCCGGAACCCGCCCGGAAGACGAGGCCGAGGGCAAACACCCCCAGCGAGAGAAGUGGGCCAGCAAGCUGGACUUUGUUUUGUCGGUGGCCGGAGGAUUUGUCGGUUUAGGGAACGUCUGGCGCUUCCCUUACCUCUGCUACAAGAACGGUGGAGGUAAGGCAGCGACCCCUCCCGGGCACAAAAGCGGCAAAAGACUUUUUACUCAAUUUCCUUGUGCGCUUGCAGGAAUCGGCUACGCCUCCAUCGUCAUCGUGUCCCUGCUGAACAUCUAUUACAUCGUCAUCUUGGCCUGGGGACUCUACUACUUGUUCCAGUGUUUCCAGCCCGAACUGCCGUGGGCCAAGUGCAACCAGCCCUGGAACACGGACCGCUGCAUCGAGGACACGUACCGCAAGAACAAAAGCUUCUGGUUGCCUUCCAACCUCUCCAACUUCACCUCCCCCGUCACAGAGUUCUGGGAACGCAAAGUGUUGGACAUGAGCAGUGGCAUUGAGGACAUCGGCCCCAUCAAGUGGGACUUGGCUCUGUGUCUACUGCUGGUCUGGGUCAUCUGCUUCUUCUGCAUCUGGAAAGGCGUCAAGUCCACCGGGAAGGUGGUGUACAUCACGGCCACGUUCCCCUUCGUCAUGCUCAUCGUUCUGUUGAUUCGUGGCGUCACCUUGCCCGGGGCCGCCGAGGGCAUUAAAUUCUACCUGUACCCCGACCUCACCCGCCUGAAGGACGCAGAGGUGUGGAUCGACGCCGGCACGCAGAUCUUCUUCUCCUACGCUAUCUGUUUGGGCGCCAUGACGUCCCUCGGCAGUUACAACAAGUACAAAUACAACUGCUACAGGGACUGUUUGCUGCUGGGAGCCCUCAACAGUGGCACCAGUUUUGUGUCUGGCUUCGCAAUAUUUUCCGUCCUGGGCUUUAUGGCGCAAGAGCAAGGGGUGGACAUUGCGGAUGUGGCAGAGUCAGGUCCCGGCUUGGCCUUCAUUGCCUACCCCAAAGCCGUAACCAUGAUGCCUUUCCCCACACUCUGGGCCAUCCUCUUCUUCAUCAUGCUCCUGUUGCUUGGCCUCGACAGUCAGUUUGUGGAGGUGGAAGGGCAGAUCACAUCACUGGUGGAUCUGUAUCCGUCCUUCCUACGGAAGGGUUACCGCAGAGAGGUCUUCAUCGCUAUCAUAUGCUGCAUCAGCUACCUGCUGGCACUCACCAUGGUUACCAAGGGUGGCAUGUACGUGUUCCAGCUGUUUGACUACUAUGCAGCGAGCGGUGUGUGCCUUCUGUGGGUGGCAUUCUUUGAAUGUGUAGCUGUUGCCUGGGUUUAUGGCGUUGAUAACUUCUACGAUGCUGUGGAGGACAUGAUCGGCUACCGACCAAACCCUUGGAUGAAGUGGAGCUGGUCUGUCAUCACUCCCUGCUUGUGUAUGGGCUGCUUUAUUUUCUCUCUGGUCAAAUACAAGCCGCUGACGUACAACAAGGUGUACGAAUAUCCCGACUGGGCCAUCGGAGUGGGCUGGACUUUGGCCUUGGCUUCCAUGAUCUGCAUCCCCAUGGUGGUGGUGAUCAAGAUCAUACGAUCUGACGGGCCGCUCAUUGAGGUGGGUCUCCCCCCCCCCAAAAAAAAAAAAGAAAUGGCCUACUCCGUGGACCCCAACGGGAACAAGGGACUGCUGCUGAAGGGCCCCAGCCACACCAUCGUAGAAACCAUGAUGUAAAAAAACAAAACAAAAAAGCGAGAGCGCGGGGUGGAAAGCUCUCCAUGAGCUCGCUCUCCUCUCCUGCCGGCCUCCCAAGCUUCUCCUUAAGCUAACGCUAAAUAGACGCCUUUUGUUUUUCCGUCUGUUUGUCUGUCUGUCUGUCCGUUUCUGGUGGAAUGAAGAAAAGGAAAAAAAAUGGUUUAGAGGAAGAAAAUUUCAAAAUAGCCUUUUAGGAAUACUUCAUGAAGGAAGUUGCUUUUUCUUCUUCUGGACUAGAAGGCGACCUCGGAGUCCUGGAAUCAAAAGUUCAGAGUUGGACUGAAUCCCAAAAAGAAAGCCGAUUGUGGCGAGAAUGUUUACGGCACACCAAGUGUGUCAAGUGGUGGCGACCUUACACCCCGCAGCCGCCAAAUCAUCCAAAUGUCCAACCGGGGAUGUCCAAAGUCCCAAUUUUGGACACUUCUGACCAUCGUUACUGGGGAACUUGAACAAAUCGCACGUAAAUUGGUUGACAAAGUCUCAGGGGCUUGAGCCACAAAA